AAAUGGAUGGAAUACUAUUAUCGAAAGGGAAAUAUUAAUGGAACUCACGAGAGGAGGAUGAGGGUUUCCGCAUGGGAGUAGCGCACAAAAAUAAAACCUAAUUUACCAAAUUCAGACACACAGAUUCUCACUCCUCAACAUCUUCUUCUUCUCACUUCUCUCAAAUUAAUCCUUAAACUUUCCAAUCUCUGUCUCUCCAUUUCCAAAUCAUUACUCACUACAAUGUGCUCCAUUUCCUCACUCCACCCAGCUCAUGUCUGAGGAUAGUGCUAAUAUGAAGGACUCUUGGUUUUUCGACAACAACUUUAAUGGUCUCUCGGAUGAGAUUUUUGAUGAUGUCGUCAAUUUUUUUGAUUUCCCGCUGGAAGAUGUGGAGGCUAAUGCUGUGGAAGAAGACUGGGACGCUCAAUUUAAAUGCCCUGAAGACCCACGUUUUGAUGUUUUUUCAGCAUCAUCAGCUGGGGGGUGUGCCAAAACUAAAAAUGAAAAUCCCCAACUUGGGGUGGGGUUCUCUGCUUCUUGUGAUGGGAUUUCUCCAAUAAAACAGCUGGCAAAGGCUCCAGAACCAACAUAUGGAAAAACAAUUCCCCACCAGAAUGUCACUUUCAGGGGAAAAGAUUUGCAUCAAUUCCAAACCUACAGUCCAGUUUCGGUUUUUGAAAGCAGCAGUUCUUCCUCAGUUGAGAAUUCCAACUUCGAUCGACCUGUCAUCCGAGUAAAGCGAGUUCGAAGCAAACGUCAGCGUCCUUCAAGCUUCAGUCCUCUGUUUUCAACUCCUUUCUACCUUAAUUUACCAGCUUUGCGAAAACAUCAAGGGACAACUGCCUCUGAAUCAGAUUUCGGAACAAAUGUUGCUGGGAAUCUAUCAAACAAACUAAAAAGGCAAAGGAAAAAGGAUUUGACCCCGCUACCAGAUGAUGUUGAGAUGAUGAGAUCCUCAUCACUUGAGCCGGCUGCCCCCAGAAAAUGCAUGCAUUGUGAGGUGACAAAGACCCCACAAUGGAGAGAGGGACCUAUGGGUCCCAAAACACUGUGCAAUGCUUGUGGCGUUCGGUACAGGUCUGGCCGCCUCUUUCCCGAAUACCGGCCUGCAGCAAGCCCCACUUUUGUAGCAUCAUUGCACUCGAACUGUCACAAGAAGGUAGUGGAGAUGAGAACCCGGUUCAGGGGUUCUUCCAUGUUGGCUCCAUCAAAUCUCCAUGGAAAUUCUGUAGGAUAAUUUUUAUGUCGGAUUGAUUAUAUUGAGGAAGAAACGGUAGUCCUAAACAGGAUCCUCCUUGUCUGUUGUUUUCUUUAUAGUCUAAUGUUAUAUUACUUGGCAUCAUUUGUUUGAUUAAUGUAAAUUGAUCGGUGAAAUAAAGGGUAGUAGCAGGUUAGUGGUUUGCGAGGAAUUCAGGGAACAUGGUGUUGAAAGAUGGAGAGGUUGAGUAUAUGGUAUGAUGUAGUUUCAUCGUGGUGGUUGAGCCAGCAAUUUUCUAACUGGAUCGCAUGCAUGGCUGUGGGGCUAAAGGGUUAAAGUAGGAGCAAGAAUCUUUUCCAUUGCUGCUGCAUGUGCUACGAGAACAUAAAGUCAAGGAUCAAAUUGAGGCAAGGACAAUAAUAUCACAUGCCUCAUAACAUGGCACAGCGUUAUAAAGAAAGCACAUGUGUGGCUUUUCUCUUCAAUGUUAGACUUGCUAGCUAGAAUACUAUAAUGCCUUUCUAUUCAGCUUCAAAUAUCAAAUAUAUGGGUUAGUUACUCUCCCUUCAUAAUAUAGGCUAGUGGAAUUUGUGUGUAGCAGCAAUGUUUAAAGGGCUGGCUUCUACUAAGGUCCAUUGGUCGGUGUGGGCUGGCCUAUUUUUUUUUUUAGAGGUCAUUAUGCGUUCUUAAUUGUUUUGUACUAUUACAAUUUUAUUAUGCAUUUAGCAACUUAUAUUUGAUUUAUGUUUACAAUAUGUUGAA